UCCGGAGCUCCGAAUCUUCGGCUCGCCUAACUCGAAUCCCUCCCUCAGUCACUGGUUGAUCCUUUCCCAUUCAUACCGCCCCUCAUCGCCCUGAUGGCCGUCGCACUCAUGGAGUGGCCACCGCCCCUUGGGCAGCCAGAAGAUUCGUCGCAUCAAGAAGAGAAUGAAGAGAAAUCCUCACCUAUAACAGACCAAGAUUACAUCACAUUACAGAAUUUGAAGAUGCCGCUUCUUCAACUGCCUCCCGAACUUUUGUUCGAUAUCCUCUCGUACCUGCCAGCAAUCGACCUUGUCCGCGUCUCGGCAUCUUGCCGCGUACUGGCUCAACAUGCGAACAACGACCUUCUGUGGGCGAACUUGGUCAAUGCGAACUUGCCAGAUCCAAUACAAGACCCUGGAAUUUUUGACUCCUUCCGCGCUCUCUAUAUCGCCCAUCACCCAUACUGGUUCAUUCCGCGGAAUAAGGUCUGGUUUUCGGAUACCGAGCACACAGGUAAUCUCAUCUUGGCCAGAUACGAUAAUCGGCGGGGAGUGAUCGAGGCAUACCGUGUGACUACAGAAAGGCGGUCCUCGAAAUUCCAGGUCUGGGAAUGGAAUCCCGAUGUUGUGAUCCAAGCAUUUGAGCCCAAGGUGAGCUUGUGGCUUGAUGAUCCUAUCCUUCUCUUGCAGAGGGCACCGGAUGGGCGCCGAAAAUACCUCGACUGUGAGAAUCGAAUGACUAUGCCGGUCGAAGUGCAGUACAUCUACAACGCUAUUUCCCUUUGUCGGCCGGCGGAUCCCGAUCAGCUCACCGAAGACACACAGUGGCCACCGCCGAAUAUCCCCAGCCAGCACCGUGUUUAUCGCAACCCAGAAGUGCAUUGGAAGGAAUGGAAUCGCGUACCCAAGCAACUGUCUCAGAUUUCAGAGCACGCAUUUCGAAUCCGGCGAUGGGCGCACUUUCGCUUGGGCAUGCCGAUGUUCACCCCUGGACAGCAAGAGACUAUGUCCACGUACAGCACUCUCGAUCCGAGCCUAUACACCCCAACCAAGGAAAAACCAUACCAAGGAAUCUGGGUAGGUGAUUACUCCGCGCAUGGGUGUGAGUUUCUCCUUUUCCUCCAACGGGAUAAGGAGAGCGACGAAGAUGAUGCCCGCGACCCCCGGAAUGAUGAUAUCAUCCAGAAGGGAAGCCUAGAGGCCGUGAAACUCACUGGUGAUCCCAACGUCCCGCGAGGCCAAUUCUCGUUUGUGUCAGAUGAUAUUGGGCCCGGCGGCACUGUUCGCAUCGCAACAGAAGCUCUCUUCCAAGGCGCAAGGGUAGUGCGUAGUAGAGGCCAUGUUGCGGGGCUUGGCUUUAGAGAUGAUACCUUCAUUACAUCUCAACUUAUUCUUGUAUCGCCCGACUGCGUCGCUCACUACUGGGAAUCAAUGGGUCACAUUACCUACUACCGUCGCUUGGAUAUCGAUGCCCUCAUCCGGUCAUGA